AUGAAGGCCCUCUUCUCCGGCUUCGGAAGGAAGGGCGCCGCUCACUCCCCCGCCGGCGCAUCGACAAAAGAGGGCCCCUCGCCAUCUCCUCCUAGCCACGCCGACCAGCCUCGCACCCCGCUUCGCCACUCCCAGGCGAACAACCACAUUUCCGAGAAGCCCGUCCACAUCGUGGCCACCCAGAGCAGAGGCGGCGACAUCGGCGCGGCCCCCGCACCGACCAGCUCGGCCUGGCGAACUGACUCCAGAGAAGGCGGUCAGGGUGGCCACGGCGGGGCAAAUGGAGCGACGACCGCCGGCGGCAGCAGCAGCAAUGGCGUGGGCAGCGGAUCAGAUUGGAGCUCCCGUCUGGCAGGCACGAUACGAGGGUCGACGCGACGCAGAAAGGAGCGCGGCAAGCUGUCGAGGGACGAGGAGCUGCUGCCGCCGCAUGAGGUGCAUGCCAUCGGUGAGCCGGGCAACCGCCACCCGCCUUCGAGCUACCGCAAUCCGUCCACGCCGCGCAGGGACAGCGCUCGCUCGGAUCCGUACGAGGAAGCCUUCGUCAAGUCUGCAGCUCAGAUCGAGCCGCCACUACCGUCGCCCACGGCGGCCAAGCCGCCGAGCCGCUCGUCUUCCUUUCGCAGGAAGAUGUCCGCGGGUCCACGCGCUCACAACGAGCCCUCCUCGAGCACCUUGACGCUGAGGACGUUGAAGUACCCGCCGUCAUCUUCGCGGUCGCCUGCUCGUCCGAUGUCGGCUCAAAGCGACGCGAGGACGUCGAAUGCAUCGUUUGACGGAUCCAACCAGAGCGGGUCCGCCCAGCAUCGACUCGGCGAGAGGAACGUCUUCGGCUUCGGCAGCGCCGAAAGCAACGGGCAUAGCUCCCCGUCAUCAGCGCCUGCAGCCACGGCUCCGCCGCCGCCGCCUCCUCCGAUGACGUCCGAGGAGCUGGCGAACAAGCUCAACGAGCUGGCCGUCUCCAAUGCCGACGGUCUGCUGAGCGACGACGAGUACCGAACGCUCCGAGCGGGACUCUUCGAAAAGAUGAUGCAGUUGAACCAGGAGUCGAUGCAGGUGCCGCAGGAGCCCAACGUGGGAGGCCUCGGGGCUAUGGCAGCAUCCAUCGGGUCCAGAGUCGAAGCCGGUCAUGCCGGUGCGGAUCCCGCCGCCGAGGCUCGCAGCGUCGUCAGCCAGCACCGAGAAGACGGGCGAGCGCCGACGCACGCCAGCCUCAAGGCGUCGAGCUCGCGCAAUUCGACGCUGGGCAACGUCUCGAGCUUCUUCCGCCGCGGCGGCCAACCCGUCCAGAAGCAGUUGAGCGGAGACUCGCUGCUGGGUAGCCCGACCAAGGGGUUCGAAGACCGAAGGACGGUCUACAACUCGGCGCCCUCGCUCCUCUCGAGCGGCGACGGCCACUCGGCGCGGCCGAGUUCGUUCCACACCCACUACUCGAACCCGGCCAGGUCGAGCCGCGCCUCGACCCUCAGCCGCUUCCGCGCCGGCAGCCAAUCGAAGCGUCUUCAGGCCGAAGUCAUGGCCGCCGACAUGGAGCGAUCCUACUCGGCGGCGAGGAGCGCCCGGUCGCUGCGGGCCCAGUCGACUCACGACGCUCCGCUUGCGGCCACGGCCUCGACACGUUCCGGGCCCGGCAAGUUUGGAUCGAGCGGCACUCUCCCGGCGAGCGUCAGCUCCUCCGGCAAGCUGGCGGGCUCCCACGACAGCGAGGGCUCCACCACCGCCGCCGACCUCUUCGGCGUCGACUAUGCCGAAAAGUCGUCGGCCGAGAUCCGCGCCGAGAUUGCCGUGGUCCAGGCCGAGGGGAGCCGGCUGCUGGACACCUUUGACGGCCUCGAGCAGACCGUGAUCGGCAAGUACCGCAUCGACUACGCUGUCCUCAAACGCGCCGUCGACGAGGUCAAGGGCGAGGCGGGCGGCGGCGGCCACCACCCUCCUCUCGGCGGCGGGCCGGGGCGCGUGCCGCCGUCUUCCUACCGGCCGCCUCGAGCCUCGAGCCUGUCGCGGCGGUCGUCGGCCCCCGGCGCCUCCACCGGCGGCGAGGCCUCCGUCGAUGGAGCCAGCCUCUCGGCGUCGAGGCAUCAGUUUGGCGCGGCCAUGACCUCGUCGCUCAGCGCCGACGACGCCGACGGCGGCGCUGCGGCCGUGGACCACGAGGUCGAGGCGCUCAAGGCUGAGCUGCGCGAGGUGCUCGAGAAGCGCGACCGUGUGCUGAUGCGCUACGAGGAGCGGACCUCGUUCCUGCGCAGCAAGCUGCGCAGCGCCACGAUCCGCGAGGGCCUGCUCAGGUAG